AUGCGCAAGGCUUCUUCCCUGAGCAUGGACAAUACAUCAAGCAGGAAGGCUACCCCCAGCAAGGAGGCUACUAUGCAAAUUCCGGCUCCUCUAACCAGCCCUACCCCCAAAUCCAGUGGUCGAUCUAACAGUUCCUCCUCCGGCCAGAGAACUUACCAGGUGAGCGGUACUGCUGCAGCUGUGGUGGGCAGUAAGACUAUUCAGUCUAAGAAUGGGCAGAUGAGUGCCAUCCGGCGCAAGAACUAA